AUGACACAAAAUAAAUGGAGGUUGUACGACGAUCGUAUGUAUAGAAUAGAGAAAGAUCAAAUGUCACAUUUGAGUCAUAGCCAUGAUCAUAGUCAUUGUCAUAGCCACAAUCAUAGUCACGGUCACGAUGAUCACGAUGAUGAUGAUAACUAUGAGAUGAUGGAUGCUGACGAGGAGAAUGAUGUAGAAACAGAUGUAGAAGAAAUAAAACAUUUCAAAGAGGUAGUCGAUGCAUUCUUUAAUUAUAAGGAAUACUCUUCCGAUUGGGUAGAACACAUGCUUGAAUAUUACAAUGAAAAGUUGACUGAUAAACAAAAGAGUCUACUACCAAACUAUUUAAAUAAAUUAAAUGCAUUGAAACAAGCAUCCAUUGGAAAUUCUAACUUUUUAAUGAAGGUUGGACAAGAGUGUAACCAAGUUUUCAUGUUGGACAAGUCGACUUCACCAAUCCCACAACUUGAAGAACAAUCUCUUAUUAAUAGUAUUCCAAAUCCUAGACAGAUCGAUAAGGUCAAGAGUACACUAAGACAAUUUGCAAGAGAAUGGAGUUUAGAGGGUAAAAGAGAAAGAGAUCUUACAUUCCUACCGAUAUUGGAGGAACUUGAGAGACUUUAUCCACAAAAAGAAUCGAGAGCCUCUAUAAGAGUGUAUUGUCCUGUAAUAAAUAUUGUUGAAAUAGUAGUUGAUCGAUCGAUCGAAUUUAAUGUACUCAGAGAUAUAGAUCAAGUUUGUAUUCAAACUCAUUAUACAGUAAAAAAUAUAAAGAUACCAGAUGUAUUACCAUCGGAAAUGAUUCCAAGAGAUGAAAAUAUUGAAUUCUCAAUGGUUGCUGGUGAUUUUACAAAAUCAAUAGAAGAGAAUCAUUGGGAUUCAGUUUGUACAUGUUUCUUUAUUGAUACAGCUAGAAAUAUAGUUGAAUAUAUAGAGUGUAUUUCGAAGAUGUUAAAGGUCGGUGGUUAUUGGAUAAACUUUGGACCUUUGUUGUAUCAUUACGCCGACCACAAAGACUCGAUCGAACUGAGCUACGAACAACUCAGGCAUGUCAUUACAAACAGUGGAUUCGAAAUACUAUCAGAGUCACUUAGAGAGACUGAAUAUACCUCAAACAAGACAUCACUAAUGAAAGUGGUUUAUAAAUGUCAAUUCUUUGUUGCUGUAAAGAGCUAA